AUGUGAAGGUGGCAGCCCCAACCGCUCUCAGCUGGCCCAGGAAAACAAUCGGGUGCUCACGCCUCGCCUCACCAUCAUAUUUCCGCCUCGCCCAGGGCCCGGGGACAGCCUGCCACCAUGGGGAUCCUAGAGAAGAUCGGAGAAAUAGAGAAGGAGAUAGCCAGGACGCAGAAGAACAAAGCCACGGAGUACCAUCUCGGGGUGCUGAAGGCCAAGCUCGCCAAGUACCGGUCGCAGUUGCUGGAGCCACAGGGAAAGAAGGGCGAGAAGGGGGAGGGGUUCGAUGUUAUGAAGAGUGGUGAUGCGCGGGUGGCACUCAUUGGUUUCCCAUCUGUCGGCAAGAGUACCCUGCUGAGCACCCUGACCAACACCCAGAGCGUGGCUGCCUCAUAUGAGUUCACCACGCUCACCUGCAUCCCAGGCGUCAUAGAGUACAAGGGGGCCAACAUACAGCUGCUGGAUCUGCCAGGAAUCAUCGAGGGUGCCUCCCAGGGCAAGGGUCGUGGCCGGCAGGUCAUUGCGGUGGCGAGGACGUCAGACCUGGUGAUCAUGAUGGUGGACGUGACGAAGGGCGAGGUGCAGAAGGAUCUCUUGACGGCUGAGUUGGAGGCGGUGGGCAUCAGACUGAACAAGAAGAAGCCAGGCAUCUAUUUCAAGCAAAAGAAGGCAGGAGGCAUCAAGUUCAAUGCCACGUGUGCCCUCACCAAGAUUGACGAGAAGAUGGUGCAGAUGAUCCUUCACGAGUACAAGAUCUUCAAUGCUGAGGUCAUAUUCCGGGAGGACUGCACGCCGGACGAGCUGAUUGACGUGAUCUCUGGGAACCGCGUAUACAUCCCGUGCCUCUAUGUGUACAACAAGAUCGACCAGGUGUCCAUCGAGGAGGUGGACCGUGUAGCGCACCUGGGUAACAGUGUAGUGGUCAGCUGCAAUAUGAAGCUCAACCUGGACUACCUCCUUGAGCGCACGUGGCAGGAGCUGUCCUUGCUGCGUAUCUACACUAAGAAGCCAGGCUGUGCACCGGACUUCAGCGACCCCAUCAUCCUGCGCGGGGGAGCCUCCGUGGAGCAUGUCUGCCACUCCAUCCACCGGUCCAUUGUAGCUGUGUUCAAAUAUGCCCUUGUCUGGGGCAAGAGUACGAAGUUCAGCCCGCAGCGAGUUGGCAUCCACCACAUCAUGUGUGAUGAGGAUGUUAUUCAGAUCGUCACCAAGAAAUAAUCCCCUGUAUAGCCCUAACUUAGUCUGCCCAAAUAUAUAUAAGAUGAAAGUGAUGCCUCUGCUCUAAGGAUACAACUGAUGACACCACCACAGAAAAGUUUAUACAUAAACAUAUACCACAUGUAUAUUCCACUCACUGUGCUAGCUAGCAUCCCAGAGGAGCUGAGGGGGUGUGGGAGCUGCAGCUUGGGGGGUUCAUGCGUUAACAGGUGAUUUUAUUCUCAGUGUAAGGUGUCUUCACCAGCAGCACUCUCUCUCACUCUUCCUCCUGAUCCUGGGUUACCACUGCCACAUGCAGCUCUUGCACUCACUCAUAGGACUGCUAGUUACUCACACACACACACACACACACACACACACACACACACACACACACACACACACACACACACACACACCACCACUCUUCACAGCACAGGCGAGUGACAUGUGUAGGUGUCCCAAGUGGCAAGUAUUGCUCAAGUGUCUCAGCCCCUUGUGUGGUGAGGGGCUCAGUGGGACAGGUGUGGACGGAUGGACGCCGGCACAUUUACAAGAAGGGAAUCUGUAAGGCCUUGUGUAGCAUCAACCUCCUCCUCCUCCUCCUCCUCCUAGCUUGUGUGUGUCGGGUUUCCAGUGCAUUCAUCGUUGUUGAUGCUCCCAGGGGAUGACCGUCAUUGAAGACUCCUUAUCAUUACCUGUACGUGGGGAUUCAUAAGUGCAUUGUUGAUUUGCUUUCUUAGAGGCAACUUGGGUUUCUGUGGACGAGUGGUGACUGGCAGUGAUUUGAGCCCAGUGGUAAAUUAUCUGAAUGGUGUGGUCUUGUUUAGAGGUGCUUGGAAAUGUGGUGACCUCAUAAUGUUCCCUAUCUGUCUGUACACCAAGCCAGCAAUCCCAUAUAGGGUGGCCCAGACAGAGCACCAUAAAGAUACACACAUACACACACACACACACUUAGCACUGUCAGCUCCCUUGAUGGAAAGGAAUCAUCUUGUGGACCACUAUACUACACCCCAAAUGAUGUCCCCACCUAAGUUAACUCCACAGCCAGGUACCUCUGCUCACCCAGCCAUUGAUUUACCUCUUGUUGCUGAUAUAACCGUAACAUAAAUCCGUUAUCUGGGUUUGCUACAGUCACACUCGUUCCAUCAUGUUAGGGAGUUACCCUCUUUUGAGCUGGUUGACUGUCGCCCUGGAGAACCCUGUCACAGCCACUAGGGAUAUGACAUCUGGGUAUUAAUUAACUAUUGGUUGUCUCUGUUCCUCCUUCCACUUGCUGUGCUGUUAUCAGCUUUCUUUUCCUUCUUUCAUUUUGGCUUAGUGGUGAAAUGAGAAUCCGUGCUUAAGUUAAUACUAGCUGUUCAUUCAUCAGUGUCAUGAUCAUUUUUUUAGGGACAGUUUUGUAAGAUAAAUCAAACACCACUUCCACCUGCAGCUGAGGCCUGAGAGUGACUGGCUUCAUUCAUAUCAUAAUGUAUCAAUUACACUCUGGUACCAACA